AGGAGGAGGAGCAGCGGUGGCAGGCAAGGCGGACCCCACCCGGUCCAAGAGUUUUCCGGUGCUGCCCGGCCACCGGGACCCCCCGGACUCCGGGACGAUGGACCCGCCCCAGCCGGCCGGGACCAGGCAAGCUGGCGAUCCGGCCCCGGGGCAGAGCGCACCGGCCCCCGGCCCCUCCGCCCUGACCGCUUUGCCGGGCGGAAGAACGGGGGGCCUCCGGGUGGUCCUGACGGACUCCCGCUGCUUCCUGGCCUGCUUGUGCUUUCUGACCUUCAUCCAGUCGCUCAUGGUGUCGGGCUACCUGAGCAGCGUCAUCACCACCAUCGAGCGGCGCUACAGCCUGCGCAGCUCCGAGUCCGGCCUGCUGGUCAGCUGCUUUGACGUGGGCAGCCUGGCGGUGGUGGUCUUCAUCAGCUACUUCGGGGGCCGGGGGAGGCGGCCGCUCUGGCUGGCGACGGGGGGGCUGCUGAUCGCCCUGGGGGCCGCCCUCUUCUCCCUGCCGCACUUCAUCUCCCCGCCUUACCAGGUCCAGGAACUCAACUCCUCGGCCGCCAACGAGGGCCUGUGCCCAAGCGGCAACGGUUCGGCCGAGGACCCCCCGGAGGCGGCGGCGGCCUGCUUCCGGGACUCGGGGGGCCGCGGCCACGCCCUCUACGUGGCCCUGUUCGUCUGCGCCCAGGUGCUCAUCGGGGUGGGCUCCACGCCCAUCUACACCCUGGGACCGACCUACCUGGACGACAACGUCAAGAAGGAGAACGCGUCCCUGUACCUAGCCAUCAUGUACGUCAUGGGAGCCCUGGGUCCCGCGGCCGGGUACCUUCUGGGCGGGGUCCUCAUCGGCUUCUACGUGGACCCCCGGACGCCUGCCCGUCUGGACCAGAGCGACCCUCGCUUCAUCGGAAACUGGUGGAGCGGGUUCCUCCUGUGCGCCGCCGCCAUGCUGCUCGUCAUAGUCCCCAUGUUCGCCUUCCCCAAGACGCUGCCGCCCCGCCACAAGAAGAAGAGAAGGAAAAAGAAGCUGGGAGCCCGUGAUGGGCCCGGGGAUGAGGACGUCUUCAAGGAGAAAUCGAGCACCAGAGGACAAGCAGAUGGGGCGGGUCCAUCCUCUCUGGGAUUCGGGAAGAGCAUCAGAGACCUCCCGAGAGCAGCUGGCAGGAUCUUAAGCAACAUGACAUUCCUUUUUGUGAGUUUGUCAUACACAGCUGAGAGUGCCAUUGUCACCGCUUUUAUCACCUUCAUCCCCAAGUUCAUCGAGUCCCAGUUCGGCAUCCCCGCUUCCAGUGCCAGCAUCUACACUGGUGUUGUGAUCGUCCCCAGUGCCGGUGUGGGCAUCGUCCUGGGCGGAUACAUCAUCAAGAAGCUGAGGCUGAGCGCCCGCGAGGCGGCCAAGCUGGCCAUGAUCUGCAGCGGGGUGUCACUGCUCUGCUUCUCCACGCUCUUCAUCGUUGGCUGCGACAGCAUCAGCCUGGGUGGCAUCAACAUCCCCUACACCACCGGCCCCUUCCUCACUGUGACCCACCGCAACCUGACCGGCAGCUGCAACGUCAACUGCGGCUGCAGGAUCCACGAAUACGAGCCCGUCUGUGGAUCGGACGGCAUCACCUACUUCAACCCUUGCCUGGCCGGCUGCGCCAGCGCCGGCAACCACAGCCUCGGGGGCCGGAACUACACCGACUGUGCCUGCGUCCAGAGCCGCCAGGUCAUCAGCCCGCCCACGGCCGGCCGGCACGGCCAGCUCCGCGUGGUCAUCGUGAAGACCUAUCUCAGCGAGAAUGGCUACGCCGUGUCCGGGAAGUGCCACCGCACUUGCAACACCCUCAUCCCCUUCCUCGUCUUCCUCUUCAUCGUGACCUUCAUCACCGCCUGUGCCCAGCCGUCCGCCAUCAUAGUGACACUCAGGUCCGUGGAGGACGGAGAGAGACCCUUUGCGCUGGGGAUGCAAUUUGUUUUACUCCGAACGCUUGCGUACAUUCCGACCCCCAUCUACUUCGGCGCGGUGAUUGACACCACGUGCAUGCUGUGGCAGCAGGAGUGCGGCGUGCGGGGCUCCUGCUGGGAGUACGACGUCACCUCCUUCCGCUUCGUCUACUUUGGGUUGGCGGCCGGCCUCAAGUGCUUCGGCUUCGUCUUCAUCUUCCUGGCCUGGUACUCACUCAGGUGCCGCGAGGAGCGGCUGCGCGGGACGCGGCCCAGGGCGGCGGCGCUCCACACCGUCAGCGAGGCGGUGGCCGACGGCCAUGCCAGGACGCGGUCCUGCCCGGCCUUUGGCGGGCCCGAGCUCCUGCCGGAGGAGGGUGGCCUGGCCCGGGGGAUCCCCAACACGGCCCAGACCUACCCUGGCGCUGAACCCCCGCAUUGCCCCGGCCCUUGAGGGACACCUCUCGCUCCCCGUGGCCCAGGAAUGCGACAGGAAGCCAGCAUUCCAAGGCGGGCGGCAGCAGCUCCAUCGUCCGGUCGGGCACGGGACUGGCCGCUGUCUCAACAGGAGCCUGGUGCGUUGGAAGAGCCACUUCCCUCCGGGUCGGAGGCGGGGCGUGACAGAUUGGGAAUUUUGCUUCACCCAGUCAGUGCUCUCCGCUAGAAAGCACAAACAACGUGAUGCCACUAUGCAAUUUGAGUGGCCAUGGCCAGGAGGAGCAUCCCAAAUGGCUGCCCGCUGCUUCUGGUUAUUCUCCUGGGGAGGCUCCGGGUCAUCUUGCUGCUUGGGGGGUGCCCAUCCAGGAUUUUCCAUAAGGAAGGGGGUGGGUUGCCUUUGGCCCCACGGAGCGGUAAUGGGGGAAGUGGGCACGUCACCCCGAGAGCGGGAGGAGAGUGAGGCCUGAGCCGGUCCAUCGGAUGAGCGAUGACUUUCCAACGGCCUCCCGGGAUAUACGGCGGUGAUCUCUUCGGCCCGACGGUGAGCAGGGAAACCCAGUCCGGGAAAGAAUCACCUCAGACCCCGCUGGGACCAGCCACCUUGGGGCCGUCGGAGCUGAGAGGAAAAAAGUAGGAGAGAAACCACGCCAGCGGGCAAGGUGACGAGGGCCUAGAAAAUACAUCUGUUUCGCGGGGGCCAUUGUCAUGGGCAUUUGGACUUGAAUCACCCAUAGUGUCUUUUAGGCGGGUCGGGGAGCUUCGACUUGGGCUGGGUCUAAGCAGACUGAGGCCCUUCUCCCUGCCAGCCGCCCCCUACUCAGGCCGGGAGUUUGCCUCCUUUUCCCCCCUCACUGAGGGCAGCCCGGAGCCCAACAGGCCCCUCCAGUUGCUCUUAACCGGCUGCUUUCCGCAGGUGUGCUCACGGGAGCCAAUUCAACUGCUAGUUUCCGUUUCCAUUAGAAGAAGGUUCCGGUUCAAGCUCACCCUCCCAACCCCCUAGUUCAAGUUUCUGACGACAAUAAUCAACUCCCCAGUAGCAGGCGCCAACUAGGCAAAAAUGCAGAGCAGAAAGGGAGCAGAGCUAAAAGUGAAGCCACCGCGAAGCCUGCCUUACCUGAAUGCUCUGCUCCAACUGGUGGGUGGGUUUACUGGGUGACGCUGGUGGUUGUGGCAGUGAAGGAAAAAUGGCGGCACUGUCCCACCUGUCUCUGGGGGAGGAGCGGAGGCCAGUUCGGGCCCGGCACCAGUCUGUCCGUCUCAGGCUUUGGCGUGAGUUUUGGAGGGAAGGAGAACAGAAAUCCUAGCAGCUAUAUUCACCUCCAUCUGCCCCUGGCCCAGGGGUGUCUCAGUCCUGAGAGGUCAGGCGGACAGGUGGCUGAAAAGAACAACGGUGAAAGGAAAAAUAACCGUAGGAAUCCGGCCCGCUGGACAGAGGGGAGACGGGCAGUCGAGGCUGCCCUCUGGAAAGGAAGAAGACAAAGGUCAUUGUUCACAGUUGACGGGUGGGCAGGCUGGGUCUCUGCUCCCCACCUCCUGCUCCCCCACUCCCCCACUCCCCGCCUCACCGACCACUCACUGUCCAGCUGGAAGGAACCGUCCCCGGUGCCGGGGCCGGGCGGGCUGGCAAGCGGAGAUCGCUUGGAAUCGGGGCAAGUUCAUGCUUAUUUGGCAGGCACUUGGGGGCAUCCAAGAGACGCACAACAGACCGACCACUCUAUGGUUCCCCAGCGCCACUGCCAGUUACUGUAAACUGUCUGGUUACAGACCCGAGUACUUGGGACUUCAAAAUCAAAACCUGAUGCACUGAAUAAAUAAAAGCAUGUUCUUUGACUAAAACCA